UGCCCCCUCUGCCGCCAGCCGCCCGCGGCGGGAGCUGCGCAGCCUCUGCUGGACCUACGGUGCGCGACGACAUGGCGGGCGGCCACCGCCUCCUGCUGGAGAACGCGCGGCAAGUGGUGCUGGUGUGCGCCCGCGGCGAGCGCUUCCUGGCGCGCGACGCGCUGCGCAGCCUGGCGGUGCUGGAGGGCGCCAGCCUGGUGGUGGGCACAGAUGGGUUCAUAAAAGCCAUCGGUCCUGCUGAUGCUAUCCAAAAACAGUUUUCAGAAGAAACAUUUCAAGAAAGAAUUGACUGUUCUGGGAAAUGCAUCUUGCCAGGUUUAGUGGAUGCACACACACAUCCAGUAUGGGCUGGUGAAAGAGUUCAUGAGUUUGCGAUGAAGUUGGCAGGAGCCACAUACAUGGAUAUCCACCAGGCCGGAGGAGGGAUCAACCUCACGGUGGAGCGCACGCGCCAGGCCUCGGAGGAGGAGCUGUUCAGCUCCUUCCAGCAGCGGCUUGGGUGCAUGAUGAGGGCGGGGACAACACUGGUGGAGUGCAAGAGCGGAUACGGCCUCAGCCUGGAGACGGAGAUCAAGAUGCUACGCGUGAUUGAGCGCGCCCGGCGGGAGCUGGACAUCGGCAUCUCAGCCACUUACUGCGGGGCUCACUCGGUGCCAAAAGGAAAAACUGCUACUGAAGCCGCUGAUGACAUCAUCAAUAACCACCUCCCAAAGCUGAAGGAACUUGGCAGAAAUGGGGAAAUACACGUUGACAAUAUAGAUGUGUUCUGUGAGAAGGGCGUCUUUGAUCUCGAUUCCACCAGAAGGAUUCUUCAAAGUGGGAAAGAUAUAGGGUUACAGAUUAACUUCCAUGGGGAUGAACUCCACCCAAUGAAGGCUGCUGAGCUCGGGGCGGAACUGGGAGCCCAGGCAAUCAGUCACCUGGAAGAAGUGAGUGAUGAAGGCAUUGCUGCCAUGGCAGCGGCCAGGUGCUCUGCUGUCCUCCUGCCCACCACGGCCUACAUGCUGAGACUGAAGCAACCUCGAGCCAGGAAAAUGUUAGAUGAAGGGGUAAUAGUCGCUCUGGGCAGCGAUUUCAACCCUAAUGCAUAUUGUUUUUCAAUGCCGAUGGUCAUGCAUCUGGCCUGUGUGAACAUGAGAAUGUCCAUGCCCGAGGCCUUGGCCGCUGCCACCAUCAAUGCCGCUUAUGCCCUGGGAAAAUCUCACACUCAUGGAUCUUUGGAAGUAGGCAAACAGGGAGAUCUCAUUAUCAUCAAUUCAUCCAGAUGGGAGCAUUUGAUUUACCAGUUUGGAGGCCAUCACGAAUUAAUUGAUUAUGUUAUAGCUAAAGGAAAAGUCAUCUAUAAAAAAUGAUGGAUCUGUAAGGAAAGAGCACACUGUUCUGUUUAAGUCAAUACAGUUAUAUUAAAAGUUAAAAUACCUUAGUAGUUUACCAGAAUGAUGUCACCUAAAUCUAUUUCUGUGUUUUGUUUAUCCACUUGAAAAACCCAGGGGAUUCACUUAUUUUAACAUGUGCACCUGGACGUAUAAGCAAGUAAACCAUUUGUGAUGAUAAUCUCAAAGGAUUAAAUUACUUCACAAAGAUUUUCUAUAAAUAUUCUGCAGAUUAAUAUGAUGGAGUAUCACAGAAAUGCCUUUGUGGGGAAAUGCAGAUUGGCAAAUAGGUAGACAUGGCUUAAAAUUCCCAUUUUGUUUCUACUUUUCAAAUUUCAAUUCUUAAACUAUAUUUACUGAAAAUUGUGGGGGGAGUGGGAAAUCCAAGUCAAAUGCUACAAACUAAGCUAAAAUGUAGCCAUCUGUAACAAGCAAAUCGUUUUUCUAUUUCUAUUUUCUAUUUCUAUUUUCAAAUAGUUUUUCUAGAUGCUCUUCAAAUGCAUUAGGGUCCUCUGAGGGAGGGUGUUCUUCUGUUUUCUUCUCAACCCUUGCAAUAGAGCUUCACAGCAGAGCUCAAGACUUGUCAUUUUGUACACAAGUACAGGGACCUUCUUGUAAUGGAUGCAUUUUGACCAAAUCCAAUAAUGUAAUUUUUAAAAAAGUUUUAAAGCUUUUGAUUC